AUGCAAGGAAGCUCUGCAUCUAGAAGAGGUCGAGGCAGGGGGCGAGGACGAACCCGGGCAACCGUCGCUAACCCUGUGGACAUCAUUGCUCAGGAGGUGACAAGAGCCUUGCAAGCUGCCUUGCCUGCAGUCAUAGCUCAGGUACGAGAGGCAGAGCUGAGAAAUCAGGAGGAUAGGGCGAUAAGCAAUAGAAGAGGAGAUAUUAGCGAUUCAAACAACAGAGAAGACCGACAUGAGAGGUCAAGACCAAAUAGUCCUGUCAACACGAGCACGGGACAACAAGGUUGUAAUUAUAAGACCUUUCUAGCAUGUAAGCCCCAACCCUUUCAAGGUGACCCUAACCCAGUGGCAGCUAUGAGGUGGAUAAAAGAGACAGAAGUGAUUUUCAAAAUCAGUAAGUGUGCGGAGGAAGAUAAGGUGACAUAUGCGACAUCCAUGCUAAAAUCAGAAGCCCUUUUCUGGUGGGAAAUAAUUACGAACUUAAGGGGCGAAGAGGCUGUGGCAAGAAUGACAUGGGGUAAGUUUAAGGUAUUAUUUAAUGAGAAGUUUUGUCCUCGAACUGCGAUCAAGCAACUGGAAGAGGAAUUUUUGAGGUUGGAACAAGGAAUCAUGACAGUCCGAGAGUAUACAACAAGUUUUACAGAAAAAGCGAGGUUUGCCGAGCACUAUGUUUCGACUGAGGAAAGACGGGUAGAACGGUACAUAUGGGGACUGAAAGCAUCCAUCCAGGAAUUUGUUCUCACUAUGAGUCCAACCACAUUUCAAGAGGCAGUAAACGCUGCGGAAAUUCGAGUGAAAGAGAUGAAUCGUCAAAAUGCUGAGCGGGGCCAAAUAAAAAGAAAAUGGGAAGGUCCGAGCAAUGAAACCAGGAAGCCAAAGUUUCUGGGUUCAGAAAAGAAAACAUGGCAAGGGCAAGCUACUAAACUAUGUCCUAAAUGCAACAGUGUGCACAAUGGAGAAUGCAUGAUUAAGUCGAGGAUGUGUUACCGAUGUGGGAAGCCAGGACAUCUGUCUCAUGAUUGCCAAGUUGAGCGAAGAGAGCGACUAUGCUUCAUUUGUAAGUCACCCAACCAUAUACAAGCAAAUUGCCCUUAG